AUGGUGAUCUGGGACAGGCAGCAGAAAGUGGUCCACGGCACUCAGUUUGCUGUGAUUAGUCCUGCCAAGCCCAUCCUGGCCCAGGUGGGGGAAGACACCGAGUUACCGUGUCACCUGUACCCCAAGAUGAGCGCUGAGCACAUGGAGGUCAGGAUCAUUGUUCUGUCUGUGACCCUGCCUGCACUGGGACUGCUCGUCACCUGGGGCCUUUGUCUCUUGUGGAAGCGGAGCAGGAAAAAGGAAUUCAGAAAAAAGGAGGAACUCAAAAGGAUGAAAAGGAAAAAACACAAUAAAAAUGGGAAACACCAGGCUGAGCUCAGAUGGAGUCAGGCCCAAUUACAUGCAUUGGACAUCACCCUGGAUCCAGCCACAGCUCAUCCCAACCUCGCCCUCUUGGAGAAUUGGAAAUGUGUCACAUGGAGAGAAACCCCCAAGUCUCUGCCCGAGAACCCUGAGGGAUUUGAUUUUUACCCUCGCGUAUUGGGUCGAGAGGGCUUCACCUCGGGGAGACAUUAUUGGGAGGUGGAGGUUGGCGGGAGGGAGGCUUGGGGGCUGGGGGUCUGUAGGGAAAAUGUGAAGAAAAAAGCAGAGGUUUCCGAGUCACCAAAGAAUGGAUUCUGGGUUGUGGAGGGGUUUAGAAGCAGGUACUGGGCCCUUACUUCUCCACAGACUCCUCUCUCUUUGAAUGUUUUCCCCCGCCGGGUGGGGGUUUACCUAGACUAUGAGGCUGGAAACAUCUCGUUCUACAGUAGGACUGAUGGAUCCCACAUCUAUACUUUCGCCCACACCACCUUCUCCGGGACCCUCUGGCCUUUCCUCAGCCUUUGGUUCUCAGAUCCAACCCCCCUGACCAUCUGCCCUCACAAGAGAAGAGUUGAAGAAAUAUCAACAGGGUGGGAUUGA